UUCUAUGGAUGCAUCUCUGCAUGGGCUGUUAGCGGGUCAACAGCCAUUUUCUUACACACUUAAUGAAAAACACGACAUGUGCAGCUAAUUUUGGUUUAUAUCUGAUAGCAAAUAGGGUACUAUUCUUAUAGAACGUACUGGUAUAUUUGGGUUUUUUGGUGUACUUGUCGUCGUUUUAGCUAACAUUAGCCGCGGUAGCCCGGUGCGUGUCGAGGACGAAGGUUGACAAAAUGUCAAGACCACGGUCCAGAUCACCACGUUACAGGAGGUUCCCAUGGGAGGAACCCGACUUUGAUCCUCACAAAGUCAUUGCCGAACUGGACGGGAAUCCGUCGGACAGGAGCUACCGCCACAGAGAAGAUCCUGAAGAACAUUGGGACUACUUCAGGGAGGACAUGUACCCUGAAGGCCAGAGAAGAUCUCCUCCUUUUCCAGAUGACCGUCGGUUUAGGCAUCAACGUCAUCCAAAUCAGGAGGAGUUUUACCGUAGGAGGCCAUCACCCCAUCAUGAUGGGAUGGGCUUUGAUGAUGACCGGAGGCUUUCCCCACCACAUGAUGGAGAAGGAGAAGUAGAGAAACGCAGAGGAGGCUUCAAAGAACUCUUCCAGCAAUUUGAAAACCGGGGGAGGUCGCCACAGUCGCCUCUGAGGUUGAAAAGAGAAAGAUUGCCACAGACACCAAGGUCUCACUCAGACCACCAGCAGAGAGAGCCUGGGUUAGGCUGGAGGAGAGAGGAGGAGGGCAGAGGUCGAGGGAGGUUCAGUGACCUCAGUCCCAGUGCAAGGUCAGACGACCAAAGAGCGGGAGCAGGUAGGGAAAGAGGGAGGAGGAACACACAGGGUCCUGAUAGGGACAGGCGAAGAGAGGAUUCACAUCAAGAGAGGACCCCUCCCUUUAAAAGGCAAAGAAGAGAAAUGGAUGACACCACUCAUCUUGGGUACAGGAAUGAGAUGGACUUUGGGGAACAGCAUUACUCAGUGGACACACCCAGAGAUAGGUUUGGAGGAGACACUCAGGGGAGCCUCCCCCGUGGAGACAAUCGGCACUUGGGACCACUUGUCAUUGAACAUGAUCAUGGCAUCACAAACAGAAGAGAACCUUCACGGCGGGAACAAUUUGAUGAUCGCGGAGGUCCUGACCCUGACUUUAAUCGACAGAGGAGUCCCCGUCCAAUAGGCUCCUCUCAGGAGCGUUUCAGGAUGUCGGACAGCAGUUUGGAUGAUCGGGAAGCUGCAAGAGGACACCAUUUUCAAGAUAAGUGGAGAGACUCCAACUAUAACGAAACUAGGCGGAACCCUGUGCCACAAGAUAGACCAAACCCUGUGAGAUAUGGUAAUCGAGGUGGUGUCAUGAACAACAGGGGGAGGGGUGGUCCUCGUCCAGCGAGAGGGCAGUUUAGUCGCGGGCAGGGUGGAAGAACUGGACCACCCAGGAGUCAACCACGCUUUCAGCAGUCCUCACAGGGAUAUCAAGAUCUUCCACAUGACCAGCCCUUCAGGGAAGAUUCUUAUGAGGAUCCCCAUGAAGGUGAGCCUGACUGGGUAGAAGAAGACCAACCUCAGCAGUGGGAACCUCACAGGCCUGGACGUCUGGACCAGCACCUUCAGAGAGAUGACAUGGACCCCAAAAUGCCUCGUCAGAGGGAGCGAGGAUGGAACGACCAGAAAAACAACAACAUGACUGUUGUCUCAGAGGAAACGUUAACCAUCAAAGUGGACAUGAGCCGACCAGUAAACAAAAACAGCUCCCUGUGUUACUCCUCAGACAGGCAGCUCUCUUUAGACCUGGUCAAUGUGGGUCGCCAGCGUCUGGACUUCCUGCCCAUGCUGGAGCACUCUGGGACGUACCGGGAGAGUGCCAUGCACACUGGGACUUUUGCCCAGGAAAUCAUCACACUGGUGCACCAUGUCAAAGAGCAGUAUUUCAGAGAUGGUGGGGUCACCCUGAAUGAGCGAUUCUCAUCGCCCCAAAAAGGCGGCUACCUUGAAGAGGAGACAGAGGAGCUGACGUUGGACGAGAGGUUCAGUUCGAACCGAGGCUUCAGUUUAAACAUGAACUCGCUGCUUGAUGAAGACGAUGAGCCUCUGUUCACCAGACUGGGACCCUUGCAGCCGGUUCGAGGCCCGGGGGAUCUGAGGCACGACCUGGAGAGGAGGAGACAGGAGAGGCUGGAGGGGGUUAAAGUCACAAUAUCAGGGAACAGCAUGUCACAACACCCCCUGGGUCCAGUCAGCGAGCUGGGUUUAGAGUACAGUGACAAGGACGAAAUGUCUCACAUGGAAGAUGAAGGAUUCUCCAACUGGCCAGAGGAGCAAGGCAGGAGGCGAGAAGGCAACAUGGGACCAAGGAGAGGAGGAGCUCCCUUCAGGCCAAACACUGCCUCCCAACGUAGGAACAAUCGCCCUAUCAAUCGACUUGGACCGAUGAGGCGACCGAACAACCGCAACAACCCUGCAGGUCCUAACUGGUGAUUGGACACUGGAAAGUAUCCUGUUUUGGAUGCUGCUCAUUUGUUGAUGACUUUUAAAACUAUUUGUCAAAACCGGCCACCUAAAAGGAUUUUGUCUUCUUCCCUGGCUGAAUUGUUUUGAUUUUUAUCAGCAGCACAAUGUUGUUCUAACUGUGAAGAAAUCUCUGCUGUGUCAGUGUUCACCAACGGGGAGCAGCAGACUAACUGAUAAGUUUGAUUAAGCUGAAAGAUGAUUCACAUUCUAAAACUUCUGUACACACCUGCUCUGUCCUUCUGUCCAUCUUUCUUUGUGUCUGUCUGUUGUUGUUUUUUUGCUGUCUAUAUUUUCACAUUUGACACUUUCCCAUGUACAUGAUGUGGAUGAUUUCUAUUUUUUAAAUGAAAUGGUCGUCAUCUCUUAGGAUGAUGUUGGUUUAAAAUGUUGACAGCUGUAUCGUUGCAGAUCUCGCUGAAGCACAAGGUGACAUUAAUAAAAUACACGAUGCUCAUGUGAAGUUAAAGGACUUUAAAAUGACUGUGAUUUCCUGCCGUCAGAACAUUAUCACAUCCUUCUGCCCAGUUAUCAGUGAAGUACACAUCCCUCGUGACAGUUUAACUGCUUGUUGAUAACUUAGUUCUGUUGUUAAUGUUGUUUCUCCUCUGUCUCAGUUUCAUCACAUCUGUACACAUUAUAAUUAUGUAACACCAGCCUCACUAUCAGUGACAUGUGGCAGUGUCCAUAAUAAAUAAAACAUUUGACAUCUUUA